ACUUAAGUGGUAUAGUAGUUGACAUUUGCAAACUUUUCAAUUGGACAGCAUUUUGUUUUACUUAGGACUACUUAACAGCGAGUAAUAGUUGAUGUGUGAAGAAAUGAUCCAAUGUAAAGAAACUGAAGCACGUUAUCGUUUAUUCUUAUGUCGUGUAUAAGCUAUGAAGAACAUGAUUAACAAUGCCGUGGUUCUUGAUUUAUAGCAUACUAUUUCUGGUGAAUUUUGAUUUUGAAAAAGGAGAAAAAAUUGUUAGUAAAUGCAAGAUCUUGUAUGAUAUUUCUCCUACAAGUGUAAUCUGUGGUGUGACGAGCAAAGAUCAAUGGUCCCUGGACGAUGUUCGUGGACUAAUGAACAAUACAAAGAAGUUUUACUUGGGAAACAAUCAAUUUACAUUGGAUAUAGAAUGUCAUGGUGGUGGGAAUAUAAGUAUUAGGCAACCAAUAAAAUUACCGGGAAUGACAUCAUUGACCGUUAGGAACUGUUAUAUCACCGAUUAUUACGAUUAUGAUUUUUCACAAGAAGUUUUGUCGAUCAAAUCGGUACUGCAAAAUUUGAAAUUUACCAACUGCAAAAUAGAGCACAGACACUCGGUUCAUGUGAAACACAUUCAGAAAAAUUUUGAAAAGUUAUUGGCAUAUGAGAAAUGUCAAAUAUCCAACACUUUACGUAAUUUUAUUUUUCAAAAUAGUUCUUUCAUUGAUCUUGAACGGUCUUUUACCUCAAAGAUACCAAAAGAAGAGGAGUAUUAUAAAAAUGAACUAAAACGGCAUGAGAAAUGUGCUCAUAACAAUCUCACGUAUAUUGAAAUGUCAUCUCUGGACAGAUUCAUCGCCGAAGUAAUGAUUAACGACUUAUUACAAAACGGCAUAUUUAACUCCUUGAAUGUAAUUAACAUGACUAAUAAUGAUUUAGCUCUGGCUCCGAGUAGUUUAUUCACAGACUCUAUGUACGAAACUGUUGAUAGAUUGGAGCAAGUUGAUCUUUCCAGGAACAAGAUUGAGGACAUCAGCUUUCUUUUCAUACCUAUUAUGUUCAAUGGUCAACUGAACGUUGAUUUGACAAGAAAUAUAAUAACUGAAAUAUCCAAUCAAGACAUGAAGAAGUUAAAAUCGUUUUCUCGCUUAAGAAAUAGAGUUAACAUAAAAGAAAACCCGCUUAUUUGUACGUGUAACCAAAAAUUAUUUUUUGAAUUUAUUGCUGAGAUUAAUGACAAGAACUGGAAGCAAUAUACAUAUCUUAAAUCAAUGCAGUGUUUAGAUCAAGAAAGCGAAACAAAAAUGAAAAACAUAUCUGAAUAUGCAUACGAAGGUAUGUGUAAGAAAACUGAUAGUUCAGGUGUCAGUGAGGGAAUCUUUGAAAGGAAUAAAUAUUCUAUUAUCGGAUUUUCGCUUGUUAUUCUUGCCAGUGUUUUCGCGUGUCUACUUUAUAAAUACAAAUAUAGAAUUGCACAACUGUACAGAGCAAAAACUACCGUUCAGUGUCAUUGUCCGGAUAACCCCAAACAUUACGACGCUUUUAUUUCAUACAGCUCGUCAGAUGAACGAUGGGUUUACGACAUUUUGUACAAGAGAUUGCAAUCGUUUUUACCAGAUGUCAGCAUUUGCCUGCACCACAAAGAUUUCAUACCCGGCGCAUGCAUAGCAGAAAAUAUCAUCAACAGCGUUGAGAAUAGCAGAUAUACACUGCUAGUUCUGUCAUCAAAUUUCAUCGAAAGUGAAUGGUGCCAAAUGGAAUUUCAGAAGGCUUUUCACCAAACAUUGAAACACCGACGCCACUUAUUAGUGUUGCUCAUUGAAGACAUUGACUUUACUUUGUUAGACUAUGAUCUUAGAUUUUUCCUGGAAACCUAUACAUAUCUCAAAUAUUCCGAUAAACUAUUCUGGCAAAAACUUACAGGAACAUUACAGAUGUCAACAAAAGGCGAUAAGACAAGACAGAUGUCAACAAAAGGUGAUAAGAUAAGUCACUCGAGUAAUCCAGCGUGUAAGCAACUUCUUCCACCAGACUAUGAGUCGUGUGUUUAAAAUUAAAAUGGAUUAAAACUGAUACCGGUGAUGUCUAUAAAAAGUUUUUAUUGGUUUAUUUGUAUGGUUAUAUGUCGCUGAUUACUUUUUAUAGUUGUGAAAUACAUUGUGUGCCUCUCAUGUCACACAUGUAUAUAUAUAUAUAUAGUAUACCCUUUGCUAUGAGGACAAUAGCAAGUUUAUUGUCUCCGAGACACAACUAUUUCCAGAUGCGACGGCUAACCGCAAAAACAGGCACUCCGUUCUUUAAUUUGUUGGUUAACAGACUUUUAUUCGGAAAAGUAUGAGUCGAUUCGUCGGGGAAAAAUCAAAUCAUUUCUAUUCAUGUAUACAAUACUAUGCUGAUAUUUGUUUUAUAAAUUUUAUAUUUCUGUGGUCAUGAAAAUUGAGUUGCACAAAUUUGUAUGAAGUGAACGUUUUAAAAUACAGUAGACAUUAGGGUUUUGGUCUGGUUUUGCUGCUGUUUACUCAACAUGGGAAUGCCAUAGUGUGAGCGGGUCAUAUUGUCCAAUGAACACAUGUUCUUAUUUACAAUUAUCUUGAAAACUAUACUAAAGGAAAAUUAUAAACAAACAAUCAAGAUCUACAAUUAAGUCAACAUAUCUCAAAUUGUUGAUUGACAUUAAAUGGUGAUUUUUACACAUUUUGCAUUUUUUCUUCAACAGCCUGAAAAUUUAUGAUAUGAAAACAACAAAUAUAAUCAGCAAGAUAAGAUGUAGAAAAAUAAAUACACGUGAUCAAAAUAAUCAAUGGACUCUUUAUCAGAGUUAUUGCCCUUUAACGACAAUGUUAAACCGUGUUCAUCAUUCUUUACUAGUAACUGUAAUAAAGAAAACUGGUCGGCAAAAGAAGAAAAAGAAAAUUAAGCAACACGAAAAUUAUCAGUUGAAUCGAUUCACACGUCUGUUAUUGUCUAAAAUGAAUAUACAUUCACUUUUUUUAGAAAUGUUCUCGUCGUGGAUCAAUCCUGGUCACACUGAUUGAGUGCGUGAAAGAUAGCUGUGAUUGUUGGUCAUGUAUUAAUGAUGCAUGUUUUUGCUAUGUGCGCGUUUCCUUGCACAUGGGAGCCUCUGUCUUGCUUUAAUUUUCACUUGUCACACAGUUAUUCGACAAUUUUACAACUUGUUAAUGCUUCCUCCUUUGCUGUUGACUUUAUGCAUGGUGUAGCUGUUUAGCAAAAUGUUUCUUCGCGCACCUAUUGAUAAUUCAAACAUUAUACAUUUCAACAUGUUUCAAAAUAUUUUACUUAUGCUUAACAAUGCCUUUAUUUUCAAAAUGACCUUGCUACAAAGUAUUCCAUAUGUGAUGAUGCAAGUUUUUUCUAAUAUGAUUUGUGAAUUCUUUUUUUAUUCAAAUGUAUCAUUAGACUUUAGUGUUCCCAUAAGUGGACGAUCGUUUUUAAAGCAUGCUGUAUGUUAUAUUUUAAAGUUUUCAGAUUAUUUAAUGUUGUCAAAGUUUCAUCUAAGAAUAUUGAAAAGAAUUUUCACCAAUAUUUUAUUAAAUAGUUUGUUUACAUG